GAGAAGGCAUGAAUUAAUUUGCUGCUCGCACAGCUCGCCCCGCCCAGGCGAUGGCAGCAGCACAAGCCCCGACCUUCCCACAAGCUUGGCAGGGCGAGGCGGGCGCUUCUUCUUUCACAGCCUUCUUCGCUGCGCGUGCCCCAGGGGCCACCCUGGGCUAGAGCGAGAGCCUCGGAGGUCGGAAGCGGGAAAGCGCGGGCUGCUGAGAAAGAGCGAAAGAGAAAGGGCGGGCUCCUGUGCGCGGCGCCGCCGGCUGCCAGGCAGGGCGCCCGGAGAGGGGAACAAGGAGGUAGAGGCCGCGCUACAUGCGACCCGCGGGCUAAGCUCGGCUCCCCCACUCCCUCUGCCCGCCUGCCUGAGGCGGGAGAACGACGCUGCUGUUGCCGCCGCCGCCACCGGCCAACCGGAGAACGCUCCGCAUGCGCUGCUCGCUGAGCGUCCCCCACUGGGCACCGCCAUGGUAGACAGGGGUCCCCUGCUGACUUCCGCGAUCAUUUUCUACCUGUCCAUCGGGGCAGCUAUCUUCGAAGUUCUGGAGCGACCUCACUGGAAAACAGAAUCGCUCAAGUACAAAGCGAGGAAAAGUGAGCUCCUCAAGGAGUUUCCCUGCCUGGGCCAAGAAGGGCUGGAUAAGAUCUUACAGGCAGUGUCAGAGGCUGCAGGGCAAGGGGUUUCUAUUGAUGGAAAUGACACCUUUGAAUACUGGAACUGGCCCAAUGCUGUCAUCUUUGCUGCUACUGUGAUUACAACCAUUGGGUAUGGAAAUGUUGCUCCAAAGACUUCAGCUGGGAGACUUUUCUGUAUUUUUUAUGGGCUCUUUGGUGUUCCUCUCUGCUUAACGUGGAUCAGUGCUUUGGGGAAGUUCUUUGGUGGACGUGCCAAGAGGCUGGGCCAGUUCCUAACAAAGAGAGGAGUAAGCCUGAGAAAAGCACAAAUUACAUGCACAGCCAUUUUCAUUAUCUGGGGAGUCCUGGUUCACCUAGUUCUUCCUCCUUUUGUCUUUAUGGUGACUGAAGGCUGGAGUUAUAUUGAAGGUCUCUACUUCUCGUUCAUCACCAUUACCACCAUUGGAUUUGGAGACUUUGUUGCUGGUGUGAAUCCAAAUGGAGAAUACCAUUCCCUCUAUAGAUACUUUGUGGAGCUAUGGAUCUAUCUAGGCCUAGCUUGGCUUUCCCUCUUUGUCAAUUGGAAGGUGAGCAUGUUUGUGGAGGUUCACAAAGCAAUCAAGAAACGAAGGAAAAAAAGGAAGGGAUCCUUUGAAAACCACCCUCCUACCAAAAAAGCACUUCAGAUGCCUAAUCCAAAAGAUGUGAACAUUUUCAGCUUCCUUUCCAAGAAAGAAGAGACUUAUAAUGACCUCAUCAAACAGAUAGGGAAGAAAGCUCUGAAAACCAGCAAUGACAAAAUCCUAAAAGCAGAGCAAGCCAAGCCAACCUCGCAACAUACCAGCAAGGAUGUCAAGGUGAUGUACACAAAGAACAACUUAUUUGACUAUGAUGAAGUUUCUCUGGGACUCCAAAACUAUCAUGUAAUGAGACAUUUAACUGACAGGCGUAUUGGGGAUAGCCCAGUUGAGGGCAAUGUGUUUGUUAAUCAGCUGGACCGAAUCAGCGAGGAAGAAGGGGAAGCAUGGGACUCAAGGGAUUAUCGGCCCCUGAUCUUUGAAAAUGCCAAUAUAACAUUUGUAAAUGAGGAUGAGGAUGAAGAGGAGGAUAUUUCUGAUGAUGAAGAAACAUCAAAAUCCUCUGUGGAUGACAAUCUUGCAGGGGAACCUGAGAGUCCCCAAAAAUUGGUGAAAUUUUCAUCUUCUGAUGAAUCUACUUUUACCAGUAAUGAACUGGAGAUAUCUGUGCCUUAUGAACAGCUAAUGAAUGAAUACAACACAGUGAAUAAUAAUGCAAAAGCUGCAACGUGAAGAUGUGAACAUUUUUGGUUUCCUGGAAAUCAUUUAAUGCACAUUUUGAAGCAUAAGUGAGGAGGUUGAAUCUCACUGGCAUUUUCCACUGCCACAGCCUUCCUUUAGCAGACUGAAAGCAUCCAGUGUCUGAAUGUUAACUGCAGUUGUCUAUUAUUCAACUUUGCUUACCCACUGUGAAGUUAUAAAAACUUGAGGGUUCCUCUUCCCUUUUGGGAGUUGGUAGUUCUUGAAGUCAGGAAGAAAAGCCUAGUUAUUACAUGGGGCCUAUUCAGUAUUUGUUUCUGGUUUUUGGUGAAGACUGAUUUGGGUCAAUCUGUUCAGAUUGGUUUGGGUCCAUGUUUGACAUGGCAGGUUACUGUGUUAACCCUUCAGUUUUCCAGAGGUUCCCAGAUCAUAUCCAGACUUGGAAUGGAAAAUUGAUGGCUUUACCCAACCUUGCAGAACGAAGCUCUUUCUAUUCUCCAUUUGAAGGAUGCUUUGAACUGGAAGAGCAGAUUAUCCUGAACAUUGGAGUUAGGAUGCAUUAGCAGUGUUGAGUAGGGAGCUUGAACAAUAUCUGCUAAACUUAUGCCAGCUCUGUUUAGUUACGAAGGUUUAGUCUGAAGGUUCAUGAACAAAAACACUAGGUUAAAACACAGGACCAAUUUUUAUAGGGAGUGUGCACUUUCUACUAAACAAGGAACUACCUGUGGUUAAACCCUUCUGGUGAUCAUGAAAAGCACAUAUAAUUAACACAGAACAGUGUUAGAAGAAUGUGUGGAGGACAGAUUUAAAAAUGAAGAACAUCAUAGUGGUAAGCUUAGUUUUGCAUUGGAAGUGCCCCUCCACUGUUCAUACUACAGGAAAUACUUGAAUAUACUUCAUAUGCUAAUGUCUCUAAAUGAAGUUUAAUGUGCUGCCCUUAUGAAUGAAAGUGUAUUUUUAAAAUAUCAAAACACAGCCUGAAUAUCUGAAGGAUCUUGGAGCUGCUUUAAAUUCAUUUCUACUUGUUAUGUUUAUUGGCUCUCUAGAAAAAAAUUCCUACCCUCUCCACUCCAGUUGUUAUGUUAAAGUAGAUAGUAUAUUUUUUCCUACACAAUUUCCCCAUAAAUCUCUCAGAUCUGUUCACCAUGAGUAUUUCAACUUUUUCUGAGUCACAUGCAAAUGUUAGUUUUGUUCUGAAUAAACUCUCAUACAUACAUUUAGAGGAAAAGUCAGUGGCUUAUGGCACCAUCAAAAUGUAGCUAUUAUAGCUUCAGGUACAAAUUGGUUUUGCACUGGUAAAGAGAUGAUUAACUCAGUAGUUGGUAUUUUUGAAAAGCCAAUCCUUUGUAAGCUGUCAGAGCAGAGUAGUAUUGCUGAACAACCUAAUUUUCAAAGUGCUCUAGCAACAAAAAUUUUCAGUGCUUGAACUGUUUGAAGAUCAGAUUAUGAAUCACUCCAAAGUAGCUCUCUAAAACAGUAUGUUGUACUUCCUGUGAUUUAAAUCUGAAAGAGAAGAAUUCACUGUAUUAAAAUCUGGGCUGGGGGAUUUUUGAUGGCAGAAUGAGUCUAACCUGGUAAGAGAGAACAAGCUAAAUUUUACAGUACUAAUCUUGAAUGAUUAGGUACAUUCAAAACUGUUCUUAUUGACUGCUUGGCUUCUGAAUUGUGGAGGCGGAAAUGGACUCUUCCCUUUAUAAAGAUGGCUCUUAUCAGCCAUACACUCCUGUUAGCAAUUGCAGGCAUUUGCUGCAAAAAAUGGUCUCUUGUUCAUUUCUGUUUGGAAAUUUUUGUGCUAUAUGUGCACAAAUUUUUUUUUAAGAAGGAACUGAAUGCUAGCCUGUUGUCUUACCUUUUCUAGAUGGGAAAUUAUUCCAUUGGAUUUGCAGUGUUGGUGUAUGAAUUUUAUAAUGAUUCAGCCAUGGUUGAAAUCUAGCCCAGUGGGGCUAUACUUAUAGAUUCUCUUCAAGACUUGGUGGCUACAUUUUAUUUAGACUGGCCCUUGGCAGGCAUAACAACUGACACCCCUAUUAAAACCUCUUCAUCAUCAAAUAACUUCAUUAUGACUCAAAGCCUCAAAGGAGUUGUCUUCAUGUUGUCAGUAGCAGCGACAACUUUGUUCCACAAUAGAUUUAUUCCCUGUGAAUACUGAGCUGUGUCUUGUUCAAUACAAAUGUGCACAUUGUUUUAGUGAGUAAUACCAUGAGGCUGGCAUUUUAUUUUGGCAUGUCUUCCAUGAAUGGAUGGUUAAAAUACUGCUCUCUGAUGCACUAACAGAGGCGGACAGAAUAGUGCACAAAAAAGGAAGUUUAAAUCUGUAGGUUUUCUGGCUGUUCCUAUACUGCAUUUCAGACGUGGUGCAUAAUUGCCUUAGAAUAGGGCCUCUCUUUUGUGACUAUUGCAUUGCAUGCAUCACCCGCAUGCUAAGCUGGGCAAGCAGAGAUUAAAUGUUGAGUGCUUGAAGCUGUGCUCUCCUCUAUAGAGAUGAGGUUAACUCAUGUGACCUGUUGAAAAUACAGGUUAGGUGCUGCUCUUCAGACUUAAUAUACAGGUUAUUAAUUCUUUCCUAAGAAAUACCCUGCAUUUCUAGGAACUGAACCAGCUUUCAAAGAAACAAAGCCAAAUCUUUCUCUCUCUCUCUCUUUUAAAGUAAGUUUAAACAUACAAAGUUGUUAAACUGCAAUAUCCCACCUAGUAUUUGGCUGCAAUGUUCCACCCAGUGCCAUUUAAAAUCAGUGAGGAUUUAUUCCAAGCAUUUGAAACACUAACAUAGUCUUACUUGGAACAAUUCCACCAUGUGCCUUGCUAUGGGUGAGAUUUAGCUGUUGAUUUUUGUUUGGUUUUUAAGAGGGCCAAAAGAAGGUGUAUAAGCAUAAUUUAUUGUGACUUGGCUGUAUACAAGACACUUACUUUCUGUGUGAAUUUUACACAGCAUUUAAAAAAAAAAAAGUUAGAGGCACCAUGGACCUAUCAGAGAACUGGUCUGCCUUAGUAUUCUACUUCAGAGUUCUCAAACCUGGGUUUCCAGAUGUGGUUGGAUUACAAGUCUGAGAACCUAUGCUCUCUGGAUAGCAGUUCAAUACUGUCUUCCUUGUGUUAAAAGGAGCUGCAGUCUUUAUGUCUGAAUCAAGUAUUUUUUCUGACUUCUGCAUCUGAUGAAGUAAAAAAAAACACACACACCUUGAUUGCCGGGGGAAACUCAACAGCAUCUGAAGUGCCUUUGACUAGCUUGACUUUCCAUCCACAUUUUGGGAAGUAUUUGCAUAAACGUGAAACAGUUUGAGUGAACUAAAGCUUAAUGUUGGGAGACCAUUUUUUAAAUUUUAAGUUCUAGAAUUCAACUGAAGGUAAUAAUCUCUUAUUUAUAUUCAUGUUAAAUUAUUUAAAAAAUAGAAGUGACUUUUAAAAGAUGGCUGCUAAUCUUCCAAAAGCACCAGAACACUAAUAUGUGUUUUAACCUGCCAACAAUUACAUCUUAGCAGUGGUUGGGGAGUAAAACAACCAGCAAAAUUAAAUCAUCAGUGUCAUUAGUUGAAUUAGAACAGCACAAUACUUUGACAGCGGCUACUUAGCUUUUUUGAAAAUAAAUCGAGUUCCAGAAUUUGCACUAAAUCAGUUGUAUCUUCUUUUAUUUAAUGGGUUAUAGGGUUUUAAGAUGACCAGAAUUAGCCAAACAUGGAGGCUAUCUUUGGGACUGAGUCCUAUGAUGUGUUUUCAAUAACCACAUGGGAAGGUGGAUGUCUCUCUUCAUAAAUACAGGAAAAAACUCUCCACCCAUCUACCAUCUCACUGCACAAUUACUGUGUAUAUUUAGUGCACAAUUGCCCCUCAGACUGUUCUUAGCUGCAAUAGGUUUAUGUAAAGCAGUAUAUCUUUCAGUUUUUUCUUUAAGGACAAUUACAUGACUCUCUGAAAUGCUUGUUUGUUUACACAGUGGCAAAGUAAUGAAUCUAAUACAGUGGUACAAAACUGUUAAGCAGUGUUUUUAAAAGUGUUCCUAGAUGCAGAAACCAUGAUUGAUUCCAUUGCUGGCAAUGGAUGUCCCAGCAUAAGAUAAAAACCAUAGCAAGUGUUUAUUGAUAUCUUGUCACAUUGAAUGUGGUUUGUUUUGCCCUUUAUUUUAUUGGAAUGGUACGGCUGAAAAUUCUCUCUGAAUCUGAAAGCAAUACCUAGUAAGCCUCUUAAUCUUAAAAAUAACUUAGCAGCUUGACUCAUCUAAUUUUUAUGCCACCACUGCACUGAAAUUUAAAAUGAGGGUCCCUGUUUUAUAGUUUUUGAAGUGUGUACAAUCCUGGCAAUUUCAUCUCUGUCACUCCUUCAUAUGAACAGAUCUUACUCCUUUCUUGGUCUGUCUGCUGAUGUAUGUCUGGAAUCACUGUAUGUAAAUAUUAGACUUGGUAAAAUGUAAUUUAUUGUUUUUUCAAUAAAAUGAUUUUUAAAAACUUC